UAAUAGUGCAUUUUUGAUUGAAUCAGUUAAUUUAUUAACAUGUACAUAAACAUGUAAUGUAUAUAAACAAAUGUUUUGACACAUUUAAACUCAUUGUGUUUAAACGUCUCAAACAAAAUGUCCAAAAACUAUAACAAGUUAUCGGUUUUCAAGAAGAGCACUGAUUUCCGAGAAGCGGUUCGAGUGGUGUCCGUCCCUCUCAACCCACCAAACGAUGACGAGGUGCUCGUGAAGACCAUCUAUGCCGGUGUGAACGCCACUGACGUCAACAUCAGUGCCGGCAGAUAUGAUCCCAACUCGCAGUUGCCUUUUGAUGUCGGACUCGAGUACGCCAAACCCGAUGAGUUGAUACCAAUUCCUUCUCUGAAGCCUGAAUUUAUCGGUCUAUUAGUCUGUGGUUUGACCGCAACUAUUGGUUUGGAUGAGUUGGGUCGCAUUCAAAAGGGAGAUAAAGUGUUGAUCACAGCCUCCGCCGGAGGAACGGGUCAUAUAGGGAUCCAAUGGGCC